AUGCCUGUCACUAACGAUGGUCUUGCACCUCUUCAACGUAUGAUUGGAAAAAUAAUUACAACUCGUGUUGUUCAUUCUGCAAACAAAGAAUUCGUUAUUCACGCAGAACUUCGUGGAGUACAAAACGUUGAAUUAAAUAUUGAAUUUCGUGAACAAACGUGA